GAUCCGGGUGGCCCCCGGGGCUCCGGAGCGGUCUGGUGUCCCGAAGCCCGGGACUUUGCCUUUGCCAUGGCCGAGCGGCACGGGGGCCUGGGGGCACGCCUGGCCCGCCGCUUGGCAGGGCUAGGGCUCGGGAGGAAGCGCAGGGGGAAGAGGACCCCGGAGGAGGCCAGAGCUCGGGAUAGGCCCUGGGGUGGCCAGAGCUGCCCUGACCUGGCCCAGGGCCUGGGCAGCACCAACAAUGUCAGCCUCAAGGCCCAAUCCCAGAGCUGCUCAGAAUGGGACCUUCGGGCAGGGAGCCGUGGUUCCUGGCUUUGGAAGAGACGACACAGCUCAGGGGGACCCACUCAACCCCUGGGGCGCCUAUGGAGGCCAGCUGUGGGCAGUGCUUCUGACCUGGCCAACUGUGCCUCCGUGGGACCGGAGAGCCUGGCGCUGGCAGCAGAGACUGCUAGAGACUUGGCCCUCGUGCCCGCUGCUGCUCCUGGGUGUUUGGAACAAGGAACCUCAGGCUGCGCUUGCCUGCAACCCCCCUACACUGCUCCAGACGUUCCUCUGAGGCCUGAGCCACACGGCCGCCUGGAAGACCUGUUGCCCCGCCCAGCAUCCUUCCCCACGGCCCAGGGGGCAAAGGGCGAGCCUGUGCCAGCAGGGCCGGCGCUGCCAGGUCCAGCCCAGACCCUGCCCCGGAGUCCCUCUGCCAGGAGGACCCGCUACCACAUCACUAUCACCCUACAGGGCCAUGGGCAGGCACCUGGGGAGGAGCACGAGGAGCCUAAACCGGCCCAACCAGCUCUCCACCCCUGCGGCCCUGAGGAAUCCAGGGGCUGGCGGGAGCCUCCCCAGGGGCCCCGCCCCAUCACGGGGUGCCUGACAGACCUGCCCCAGGAACCCCGGCCGAGAGCCCCACUGCAUCGGGAGAUCACAGCCCAGCAGCAGGAGCUCCGGGCCCACUGGACACCUAGAUCCCCACGCAGACGGCAGCUGGACUACAGUGAGCCAAGGACGCCUCAGGACAGGUUGCUGGGGCCCAACAUGGAGGAGGCAGGUGGGCCCCCAACUCAGGCUGAGGCUCCAGUGGUGAGUGCCACGCUGAUGUGGCGGCGGCCCCCUGCCCAGGAAGAGAUGAGACACCGUUUUCACAAGGUGUCCCUGGUGUCGGGGGCCCGGAUAGAAGCCCCCUCGGAGGAGACGCUUGAGUACAGCCACGGCCGAGAGGAAGUCAAUGGUUUUGCAGCACGGGAAGAAACAACGAUAAAUUGCCAGGGACCCCGGGAUGAGGCUGACUCCAGGAGCUUCCAGAGCCAUGGGCCUAUCUUUUCCAAGAAGUACAUACUAGCCCCCAAGGAGAAAAGGCCAGUGGGAAGGCUGAAGGAGGCCAUAGGCCAGGGCGAUGGCAGUCCCCAGGAGCCCAGGACUGAGCCAGCAAGCCGGGGAGCCGUGGCCAGGACUGAGAUUUUGGUGCCCCUGCCUGGGCCCCGCGAGCCAAGCCCCCACCCGGGUGUAAGUCUCAUCAGCGGGAGCCCCCGGAGCCUCGAGGAACGGCGAGUGACACGCACUGUGCAGACCACCGUGGUGGUGGGAGGGCAUGUGGAGCGACGGGUGAACAGCUCUGUGACUGUGGGGCCAGUGCUCUCGGGCGAGGCCCUGCCACGGGGCCGCAAUGUUGCUCGCGUCGCACGGGCAGUGGUGGUGAGCCCCCAAGCUGAGGGCUCACCUAGCCGCAGUCAAGCCCGGGAGCUGAUUAGUAGCCUUGUGCCUGGCGAGCGUAGCCUACCUGCCAGCCGGCUUCCUAGGCCCACGGCUGUUGUGCCAAGGAGCCCGGGUCUGGGCAGCACGGCGGGGGCAGCCUUGGGGCAGCUGCCUGACACGGGGAUGGCAGAGCCAAAGGACAGAUCUGCUCUGGCCCCUGCACGCAUCCCAGAGGAUGUACACCCACCUCAGAACCUGGACGUCCCUGCAGCUCACCCAGACCAAGACCAGAGCAGAGCCCCAGAGGCCAGAGCCUCUGAGGUCCCAAGGGUGCAGGGAGCCCCCCGCUCCACCCAGCUCCCUCUCCAGACUUCUCAGGACCAUGCACCAUUACCUUCCUCUCCCAGACACCAGGCCCAUCCCCCCUCCCUGGGCCCAGUCCAUCCUCCAGAGCAGCCUGUGGUGCCUACUCACCCUAGGACCCAGCUCAGCGGCAAGCCCAGGGGACCCCAGGCGCUGCCCUCUGUAAAGAGGGAAGGACUCACAGAUCCCUCUGCUGUCACCAUCCCGCCCGCGGUGAAGACCGAGGUUGUUGUUACAGUCCCUGGACAGCCUCUUGCUCCAUCUUCUACAAGGAGGAAGGCUGUCCCCAGCUCAGGAGGGCUUUCUGCUUCGUCCCCCCCAAGGAAUACGUUUGUUCAGGACUCUGAAGAUGUCACUAUUUUCUCCUUUACCCAGAAAGAGAGAGCACAGGGCCCUGGUGUUCUGGCUGACCCACCCCCCGCCCAGAAAGAGGUUGUGCAGGGUCGCCGUGCUCCUGUCACCUCAUCCCCCAAGCCAGCCAAGGUUGUCCAGGCCCCAGAAGGCAGCCCUAGCCCCCAAAAAGAGGCUGUCCAGAGUAUAGAAGGCGGCCUUGCUCCUCUCAUCAAGGAUGAGGCUGUUCGAGGCCUGACUGCUUCCACUCUCCUAUCCCCCCAGCAGGGUGAGGUUGUUGGCGGCUCUGCAGUGAGCCCCAUCUCAUCUCCGACCCAAAAGGAGGCUAUCCAGGGUCCUGGUGCUUCUGCUGCUCCGUUUUCCACCCAGAAAGUGAUUGUCCAGGACACUGCUGUUCUCCCUGACCCCUCCUCCGUAGGCAAGUUGUCCCCCAGCCCGGGAGGCCUUCCUGCCCCAGUACUGAUGGGGGCAGAGGCCAGUCUAGAGUCGCAGCUUGUCCCUGACUCCAUUGAGGGCAAGAUGCUCCCAGAGACAGCCAAGGAGGAGGAGGUAGCCCUGGCUGCUGACCUGGAGAUUUUUCUGGAUACUCUGCGGAGCAUGGAGCCCCCGGAGAUCCUCCGUACUCACCGGCUGCCACGAGCCCCCCGCUCCUCCUACCUGGCCAUGUAUGCCACGUUGCCCGCCAUCGAGGAGGACCAGCCUGGACCAUGCGUGCUGGGACCCGGCCCCCAAGAGGUGCCCACACGAGAAGAGAAAGAGGAGGAGGAGGAGGAAGAAGAGGAGGAAGAACCAGAGAAUCCUUACCUAAGCGAUGAUGAGAAGCUCCAGCGUAGGCAGGAGAGCUCCAGGCCCAGCUCCUCCUGGGCCUCUCGCCCUGCCAGGUCCCCCCAGGCCUCUAGUUCUCCUCUGGAGAUGAUGAAGAAGCACGUAGCAGAUGCCAAGGGCCCCCACCCAGAGCUGGGGCCCGAGUGGCAGGCGGGGAGCAGGCCCAUUUCCCGUCUUGGAGGCAGCCUUCUCUUUGGAGGUCGGGUGCCUGGCACCCAGGAGGCCCCCACCUUGGAACCACUGGGCACAAAACUGUCUGCUCUGCCACCCCACGUGGCACCAGGGCUCAGGAAGGUGCCAGGACAGCUGCCUCUGCUCUGCAGUGAAAGGCUACUGCCAGAGAAACCUGCAUGUGCCCGGCCCCUGGAGGAGUGGAGCCCAGCAUUGAAGACCCAGGGCAAGCGGAACACCAGGCCUGGAAAGAUGAUCCUCUUCUCAGAGCCUGGCUGCCAAGGCAGCAGCAAGGAGGUCUGGCAAGACGUUGCCGACACCUCCGGCUGGGCCAGCAUGGCCUCCGUGAGGGUGGUUCGAGGCUGUUGGGUGCUAUACGAAGAACCAGCGUUCCGGGGCCGGAAGCUGGUCCUGCCGGAAGGAGAUUUGGAACUAGGAGCCCUGUCGCCAGCAGGGAGCAAGCAAGGCAUUGGCUCCCUGAGGCGGGUUGUCCGGGACUACAUUACCCCAGAGAUCAUCUUGUACUCUGAAGAGAGCCUCAAGGGGGAGCAAGUGAAGCUGACGGAUGCCUUGGAGGACCCCCAGGGCCUGGAGAGGCCCCUACGGGUGGCAUCUGCCACUGUCUCUGCAGGACUGUGGCUGCUGUACCCUAAACCCUUCUUUGAAGGCACUCCCUACAUCCUGGAGCCUGGAGAAUACCCCACCUCGGAGGCCUGGGGUACAUCAGACCCCAGUGUGGGCUCCUUAAAGCCCAUGAGAUUGGGCUGCCCAAAUGUGGAGAAGCCAGGGGAGCCCAAGGUUGUGGUUUAUGAAGCCACAGGCUUUCAGGGCCAGAGCUGGGAAGUAAGCAGAGACAUCUACAACCUUCAGCAGCCAGAGGACAGCCAGAGCCCCCACCUGGCCUCCGUGGGGUCCCUGCGAGUUCUUGGGGGCUGCUGGGUGGGCUACCAGAAAGCAGGCUUCCGGGGCCACCAGUAUCUGCUGGAGGAAGGGGAAUAUCCUGAUUGGUCACACUGGGGAGGCUAUGACGAGGUGCUGACCUCCCUGAGGGUCAUCCGGACGGACUUCGGGAACCCGGCCGUGGUGCUGUUUGAGGCCAUGGACUUCGAAGGGCACGGCGUGGAGGUGAGCGAGGCAUUGCCGGACGUGGAGCUGGUGCGACACGGCCCCCACACGCAGGCCAUCCACGUGCUCAGCGGCGUGUGGGUGGCCUAUGAGAAGGUGGGCUUCUCCGGGGAGCAGUACGUCCUGGAGAAGGGCGUGUACCGCAACUGCGAUGACUGGGGAGCGGGCAACAGCGCCCUCGCCUCGCUGCAGCCAGUCCUGCAGGUCGGGGAGCACAAUCUGCAUUUUGUCUCAAAGAUUCAGUUUUUCUCCGGCCCCAACUUCCUGGGCGACCACAUCUCCUUCGAAGAUGACCAGACCUCUCUGCCUGCCUCCUUCCAGCCCCAGUCCUGCCGUGUCCACGGCGGCAGCUGGAUCCUGUUUGAUGAGAAAAACUUUGAAGGUGACCAGCACAUUCUCUCCGAGGGCGAGUUUCCCACUCUCACGGCCAUGGGCUGCCUAGCCUCCGGAGUCCUGGGCUCUCUCCAGAAGGUACCCCUGCACUUUUCAGAGCCCUCCAUUUUUCUGUAUGGACUGGAGUGUUUUGAAGGGAAGGAGAUCGAGCUGGACAGGGAGGUCCGCAGCCUGCAAGCCGAGGGCUUCAACAACCACGUGCUGUCCGUGCGGAUCAGGGGGGGCGUCUGGGUGCUGUGUGAGCACAGUGACUUCCGGGGACGCCAGUGGCUGGUGGGCAGCUGUGAGAUCACCAACUGGCUGACUUACAGCGGGACGCAGAGGGUGGGUUCCCUCUACCCCAUCAAGCAGCGCCGGGCUUAUUUCCGCCUCUGGAAUACUGCACUGAGGGGAUUCCUGGCCAUGCCGGACCAUGUGGAGGACAUGAAGGCGGGCCGUGUGGUGGUCUCCCAGCCCCAAGAGGGAGGCAGCUUCAUCUGGUACUACGAGGACGGGCUGCUCAAGAACCAGGUGGCCCCUACCAUGAGCCUGCAGGUGAUUGGGCCCCCCAGCACGGGCUCCAAGGUGGUACUGUGGGCUGAGAGCCGCCUGCCCCGCCAGACGUGGAGCAUCAGCGAAUCGGGCCACAUCUGCAGCGAGAUGUUCGAAGGCCGGAUCCUGGAUGUGAAGGGCGGCCGGGGCUAUGACCGGGACCACGCAGUGCUGUGGGAGGUGGCCAAGGACCGGGCGUCCCAGAUCUGGACAGUCCAUGUGCUCUGACCACCCCCACCUCCCAGCCCUGGAGGCUUUCCCUGGGAUGAAAUGUUUUUAUAGGUUUUUUGUCGUUGUUGUAACAUAAGCUAUUUUCUAAUAUGCUCCCAGGUAUCCUCA